AUGGCCGAGAAGGGUGACUGCGUCGCCAGUGUCUAUGGGUAUGACCUUGGUGGGCGCUUUGUUGACUUCCAACCCCUGGGCUUCGGCGUCAAUGGGCUGGUGCUGUCGGCCGUGGACAGCAGGGCCUGCCGGAAGGUGGCCGUGAAGAAGAUCAUCCUGAGCGACGCCCGCAGCAUGAAGCACGCGCUCCGGGAGAUCAAGAUCAUCCGGCGCCUGGACCAUGACAACAUCGUGAAGGUGUACGAGGUGCUGGGACCCAAAGGCACUGACCUGCAGGGCGAGCUGUUCAAGUUCAGCGUGGCCUACAUCGUCCAGGAGCACAUGGAGACUGACCUGGCGCGUCUGCUGGAGCAGGGCACGCUGACGGAGGAACAUGCAAAGCUGUUCAUGUACCAGCUGCUCCGCGGGCUCAAGUACAUCCACUCUGCCAAUGUGCUGCACAGGGACCUGAAGCCCGCCAACAUCUUCAUCAGCACAGAGGACCUCGUGCUCAAGAUCGGGGAUUUCGGGUUGGCAAGGAUCGUUGACCAGCAUUAUUCACACAAGGGUUAUCUGUCGGAAGGGUUGGUAACCAAGUGGUACCGCUCACCGCGCCUGCUCCUCUCCCCGAACAACUACACCAAAGCCAUCGACAUGUGGGCCGCCGGCUGCAUCCUGGCCGAGAUGCUCACGGGGAGGAUGCUCUUUGCUGGGGCUCACGAGCUGGAGCAGAUGCAGCUCAUCCUAGAGACCAUCCCUGUGAUCCGGGAGGAGGACAAAGAUGAGCUGCUCAGGGUGAUGCCUUCCUUCGUCAGCAGCAGCUGGGAGGUGAAGAGGCCUCUGCGCAAGCUGCUCCCCGAAGUGAACAGCGAAGCCAUCGACUUUCUAGAGAAGAUCCUGACCUUUAACCCCAUGGAUCGCCUAACAGCAGAGAUGGGGCUGCAGCACCCCUACAUGAGCCCAUACUCAUGCCCGGAGGACGAGCCCACCUCACAGCACCCCUUCCGCAUUGAAGAUGAGAUCGACGACAUCCUGCUGAUGGCCGCCAACCAGAGCCAGCUCUCCAACUGGGACAGGUGCGGUUCCAGGAGCCCCCAGUACCCUGUGAGCCUGUCAUCGGACCUGGAGUGGAGGCCGGACCGGUGCCAGGACACGAGCGAGGUGCAGCGCGACCCACGCGCGGGCUCGGCGCCCCUGGCGGAGGACGUGCAGGUGGACCCGCGCAAGGACUCGCAGGGCAGCUCGGAGCGCUUCCUGGAGCGCUCGCACUCGUCCAUGGAGCGCGCCUUCGAGGCCGACUACGGGCGCUCCUGCGACUACAAGGUCGGCUCGCCUUCCUACCUGGACAAGCUGCUGUGGCGCGACAGCAAGCCGCACCACUACUCAGAGCCCAAGCUCAUCCUGGACCUGUCGCACUGGAAGCAGGCGGCCGGGGCUCCCCCGAGCUCCGGGGUGGCCGCCGACGCCGGGCCGCGUGAGGACGAGCCGGCCAGCCUCUUCCUGGAGAUCGCGCAGUGGGUCAAGAGCACGCAGGGCGGCCCCGAGCACGCCAGCCCGCCCCCCGACAGCCCCGAGCGCCGCCUGUCUGCCUCUCCGCCCGGCCGCCCGGCCUCCAUCGACGGGGGCGCCAGCCCCCAGUUCGACCUGGACAUGUUCAUCUCCCGCGCCCUGAAGCUCUGCACCAAGCCCGAAGACCUGCCGGACAAUAAACUGGGUGACCUCAACGGCGCGUGCAUCCCUGAGCACCCCGGCGAUCUCGUGCAGACCGAGGCCUUCUCCAAAGAAAGGUGGUGA